AUGGACUUGACGCCCAGAUCGUUCUUUUCAUCCUUCCAGUCCUCGUUCCAUGCGUCCCAGUCGUCGUCGUCGUCCUCCUCCUCCUCCUUGACCGGCGGCUCCGGACCCUCGUCCCAGUCCUCGUUCCACUCACUGUUCCACUCGUCGUCUGCCGGCUCUAGGGGCUUCUCCACAAUCCCCACACUCUCCGGCGUCUUCUCGAUAAACUCCUCCAGCUCGAGCUUCUCCAGCCCGCCGCUCGUGGCCAGAUCCUUGAUCUUGUCGAUUUGCUGGUCCACCAGCGUCUCCACCCAGUGA